AUGAAGAAGCACGGCAUGGUGCCUGACCACAGCCUGUUCCAGGCGCUGGCUGCAGCCAUCAUCUGCGUCACGCCCAAGGACCACUACAAGAGGCUGGAAGAAGGCAGCAUCAUGCUCAAGAAGUACAAGACAUUCAGCUUAUGCAAGGAAGGCGUGCUCGUGGACGGCGAGCCGUCGCCGGUCAAGAGCGACGUGGUGAUCUUCGGCACCGGGUUCAAGGGCGACGAGAAGAUCAAGGACAUGUUCACUUCAGAGUACUUCCGCAAUGUCGCGAUUGGGUCAGAAUCCACUACUGUGCCUCUCUACAGAGAGUGCAUAAAUCCUAAGAUACCUCAGCUCGCCGUGAUCGGAUAUUCUGACACCCAUUCGAACAUCUACGCCUCCGACAUUCGCGCCAAGUGGUUGGCACGCUUCUUGGACGGCAGCUUCAGACUACCGAACGUCGCGGCAAUGCAGAAGGAUGUGCUCGAAUGGGAGAAGUACAUGAAGAGAUACUGUGGAAGAUACUUCCGCCGGUCCAGCAUCAUGAUCCUGAACACUUGGUACAACGACCAGCUCUGCCGUGACAUGGGGUGCAAUCCUUGGAGGAAGAAAGGGUUCUUUUCGGAACUGUUUGAGGUCUAUGGCCCUGGUGAUUAUGCUAACCUACUCUCCAACUCCAAGUCCAAGGAACACUAG